GAUUGUUGGAGGGAGGGAAGUCCAGAAAUCGACCCAUCCCGCCAUGCACAGCGGAAACGGUUUGCGGUGUCUCCUGCAGCGCCUGUGGUUGUGGCACACCCUCGGCCUGUUCCUUGCUGCCGCAGACACCACCCCUCCGGUGUUGCACAUCGAGGAUGCCCAGCCCUUUAUUUUUCACGUGCUCAUGACGGUACGACUCAACGAGGAUGGCACAAUCUACUGUGGCGCUUUAGAAACUCUCAGCAGCUACACGCCUAGCAUUGCUCAGAUGAAGUCGGGCACUGGCUUGGUGGGCCACGAUUACGCUUCUGUCACUGCCAACAGUGACGUGAAUCUGGUGGUGGGCAUCCUCACGCCAGCCACGCUCUACGACGUGUUUUGCUAUGCGGAGGAUUUGUUUGUGAAUGGUUUGACCUUGGCCCAGGUGGCUGGCACCAAGACCAGCUUGGCCACGGCCUCGGGCGGCGAUUACACGGCGCCCACCUUCAGCUACAUCUCGCCGAACUACCAAGUUGAAAGCAUUGCAAUGACCCUUUACUUUCAGCUGAGCGAGGAUGGGACUGUUUGGUGCGUGGCCAAGGUUGAUACAGGCUCUGGCACCACCAGACCUUUGGCCUCAGACUUCUUGUUGGACCAAAACGUGGACGCUUGGGGCACGCAGACGGUGUCUGCGGCACUGAGUUAUCAGGCGUCCAUCACCUUGACCGGGCUGACGGAGGACACAGACUACGAUGUUUAUUGUUUUGCCGAGGACACUGCGGGAAAUUUUCUGGAUGGUACACCUGCCCUGGCCUCUGACACAAGCAAGAUCGAUGCAACCAAGUUGGACGUUCGUACUCUGGCAGUGCUGAUCGCCUCGCGGUUGAGCGUGACGAGCAGCCCAGGGACCCAGUACGUGGUGAAGCCCGCUGCUUGGAACACGGUGCUACCCAUUUGCUCUCCAGCCACAGGGCCAAAAAGACGUUGUGAGGCUGAUGCAGAGUCUUGGAGGAUGACGCCACUCUAUCAGAAUGUGAAGCUGAUCUCUGAGGCUUCUCAUUCGUCCAAUGGAUGCUUUGGCGCAUUGCUGGCUGCCCCACGCCAUGGAGGGCCCUUCGCCCUUCUCCUUCGGCGUGGCAAGUGCAGUUUUGCUCAGAAAGCCGAGAGGGCACUGGAAGCAGGAUAUGACUUUUUGCUGAUUUUGGACCAUCGCACUGUGUCCUCGAGCUUCCUGCCAGACAUGACGACAGAUGGCGGUAGCAUCACCAUUCCGACUUGGGUCAUGAGCAAAGCUGAUGGGGAGGCCAUGCUGCUCUUGAGCCCUGCUGCAGGAUAUCUCACCAUGGAGAUCGAAGAUGCGCACCGAGUCCCAUCCAUGGGACUCUACCAGAGCGAUGUUUAUGGGCAAAGGAUCUAUACCACGCAGUGAGGUUUUUCGAGAACCUGAUGACCGAGACUGGAGCCAAUGGAGAGGUUGGAGUUUUAGCACUGGAACUGGCCUUUGCCAUGGUGGAUCAUGGUGGUCCAGGACUCCUUCAAGCUUGGAGCAAAUGGUCCCUGUGAUGAGCUUUAUUUUGGUCUUAAAGACAUCCGCACACCUUCACCGACGAGCAGUUGUGGCAUGAAUGCGCGGACUCCAUCGCAUGGAACACCAUCCGGCUGCCAGACAUGGCGAACUCGAGCGGGCUCCGGUGGGUUCAGGCCUAGAGAUCGACCGUCUUUCAAGCAGCACGCUUGCUGAAACCCUGUGAUGCCAGCAGUGGAUGCAGCAAAAGUGCGUAAUUAGUUUGACAAACCAGCUCUUCCUGGAGGAACAGUUUUGCGAGGUGAUGCAGAAGUGUAUCAUUGCGAUCAGUUUGAUAUCAAGAAGCCAAUGUCAUCCGUUGAGUUCGGGCAAGAGUAUUGCUGUGAGCAUUGAGCAUGUCGCGUGAGCAGAUUGUUCAUGUGUUCUUUGUAGCCGGCGUUUGAAGGCCAUGGGGCUCAUAGAGCUAUGCGACCCCAGGGCGGAAGAGUGCUGUAGAAUCCUAUGAGCAGGAGUUGUGGA